AUGGCGUCCCGCGGGCAGGGCCAGAAGGUGCAGAAGGUGAUGGUGCAGCCCAUCGUAGCCUUCCUGCGGCCGGGGGGCGACGGGGGAGCGGCGCCCCAGAACCUCAUCUUCCGCUACCUGCAGAACAGGUCGAGUAUCCAGGUGUGGCUUUACGAGCAAGUGAACAUGCGGACAGAAGGCUGCAUCAUCGGCUUUGACGAGUACGUGAAUUUGGUGCUGGACGACGCAGAGGAGGUUCACUCCAAGACAAAAUCAAGGAAACAGCUGGGCAGGAUCCUGUUAAAAGGGGACAACAUCACUCUUCUACAGAGCGUUUCUAACUAGAAUUUGCCAUCCUUAGAACAAAGGUGGCUGCCGUGCUGCGGAGUGACUGAGUGCCAGGGGAACGUGGCCCGCUGGUAGAUAGGAAGCUAUUUGGAACUGGGGUUGCAUGCUGAGGUCAAAAGUCCUUCCUUUGUGGGAGCGA